UCUCCGGAGGAAGUUGCCCAAGCCGUUGCCUACGACGCUUCCUUCAUUUCAUAUUUCCUCCUUGACUUUGACUUUAACAAUGACCGUUACACCUCUUACAUGAAAGACAACGGUUUGAAGUACCCGCAAACCUUGAUCCAGUAUAUCGUGGACCAGCAGGGCCAAACGGACCUCACCAAGGCUUUGGAUGCUUUCCCAUUCACUCAGUUUCGAACAUACAUCACCGCCUUUCCGUGGUAUAAUUCUUUGUUAGGAAAAGGCUCUAUUACUGAGUUUAAAGUGCCUGGGGACUUUACCGCUGCGCCAGAAGCCUCAGCGGUACCCGUUGUAGAGGCCACCCCGUCCGCAACAGUCUCAGACACUGUUACGUUCACCAGCAACAACUUAAACUCCCAAGCUAGAUCACUGGAGGGUUCCAGUUCUACCAGACCUACUAAUUCCGUCUCA